UAUAAAAAGAUGUGGAUUUUUUAAAAUAACAUAAAUCGUUUUCUACUACCUGUUUAAGUAAGAGAUAUUAUUUAUAUUAUAUUAAGCCAUACAUGUCCUAAUACCUGUGGUUCCCUUUAAAACUGAACCAUCGGUUAUUUCAAAGUUCUAUACUAGAUUGCAUUUUUGAAUAUAAAAUAUUUUAGUUAAUGCGACUUGUGCUUUCAGCUACUAAUAAGAAUGAUGUACUAUUAGCUCUGUUAAGCAUUUACCAUUGUUAACCCAUUUUACAGUUUCCAAGCAAAAAGUCUGCAGAUUCUCUCUGGGUGUCUUGGCUUUGCAUAUGAAAAUGCAUAUCAAAAAUUGCAUACAGUAUCAGAGAUCUGUGAAGUUAAUGUUAAAAGGGAAGGUUUUAAAAAUGCAAUACUUUUACAUUUUCUUAUUUGAUGCGAAGAGUUCUGAUACCGAUACAGUAGCCAAUAAUCACAGAUUAAACAUAGUUUUAUUAUAUGUGCCACAUUAUAUAUCCAAUCAAACAAAAUUGAACAAAUGUUAGAUGUACAUUCCAAAACCUCAGAAUUUUUGGCUGCUAUUUGUCACUCAUUUUUAAAAAGCAUGCAGCUAAUUCUCUUCAAAGACUGGAACAUUCACUUACACGGCCGUCUUCCUUCUCCGCCUGUAAAAUGCUGUAAUAUAGCUUCCACUUCCCUUAGAAGGCCAACUCUUUGCAUGAGCUACAGAAAAAGAACAAAACAUUGCGAUGUACAAUAAACACAGCUUACACUUUUUCAUAUACCUGGAGUUUGUAGCCUGAGAAGUGCUGUCAGCUUGUAAAUAGGGACUUCAUGUUUGUUUUCCUGCCUGUCCUCUGGUUUGUCUUAAAUUUAUUCUCUUAACCUCAUUAACAAUGUUUUAACCUAAUAUCAGCACUUGCAGAGAGAACAUCUGUGUACUUACUCAAUCCCCAGCUGGUUAAUAUGCAUUAAUGUGUAUGAGGGAUAUCAGCACAUGGCAUCAUAAAAAUAAUAUUUUCUCACAAAAUUAAAUAUAGGGAUUAGAGAAAAGACAUCAGUAGCAAGAUUGUUUUUUUUCUUUUAAAAUAUAUUUUAUUAUUAUUGCAUCACUUUGGUCAGACACUAUUCAUAGUUGCAAUCACAACCUUGUAUAUUAUAGUUAGUUGUUGGUAAUAAUAGUUGAAUUUAAAGCAGAUAAGAUUUUCAUUUUGACCUAAUCAAUCACCUUAAAACAGCUGUUUUCUAGCAUCACUGCAAUAAAUCCUUUGGCCGAAGGAGAUUACAGGCAAAUGUUUAUCAGAUCACUGUUAAUUAACAAAGAAAACAGCACUGAAUUUUCCAGGACACACUUAAAUGCUGAUUCUCAUUUCAGUUUUAUUAACAAACUCUUUGCCUUCUGUAAAACAAAAGCAAUCUAUUUAGUGAUUAGUCAAAUGUCAUUUAGUAUACUGAUUUUCAAUCUAAAACAGACUAUUUGAAAACAGAUUUACACUUCUUUGCUUGUUGGAUCUUCUAUUUUUUCCAUGCAUCUGCACAGUAUUUGUUUUGACGAUGGAUCACAGUUAAUCUGUGUAGUAUGAUUUCUCUGCAUUUCAUCUCUAACAAUGCAAAGGGAAUUAACAAAACUAGAAACUUGUGAAUGUUGAAUUUCUCUAUUACUGCUCUAUUAUUAGUUGUCACAAAAUGACAGGUAAUGAUUUAACAGUAUGAGGAAAGAAAAUAAUACAUCUGUAUAAUUUUUUAUUUAUUUUUCAUUUUUUUCUUACUGCAUAUUGUUGUUCACAGUUUGUGAAGUUAAAUGUACAGUGUACAAAAGAAUGUUAUGGGGUGGGACAUUGUACAUUAUUGUAAUUAUUUGUGUUAUUUUUAUUUGUAUCAUAAAUGCCUUGUACAGUGUUAUUUUUUCGUUUUGUUGUUUUUUCAGUUGGAAUUAUUUUGUAUUUUAUUUUUAUAAACUUGCUAUGAAUAAAAUUUUCAUUCAGCAUGCCAACAGAGGUCCCUGAACAUUAAAACGUGUCUGUAUAUUAUAUGUUUCUAAAUUCUAAAGCGCAAAUAAAACAGUUGGGACUUUUAUUUUAAAAAACUGACGUAAAGCGUUACCAUAGCGCGCUUUUGUCUUAUAGAUUCUAGUUUCACAGUUUGAAAUGGUUACUAUAGAAACCGGUCCUCUUACUUUAUCUCUUACUUAUUGAAAUGUUGGACUUAACACUUAAUUUAACCUCUCUCGGGUUUGAGGCUGGACUCGGUGAAGGCGAACGAGAGCUGGUUUAUCUGCGCAGUCGGUCCGCUGGGUUGACUGUCAGUGGAUGUGCUCAUGCGGUAUUUGCCUAUGAACUUUUCCGAAUAUUGAGAAAGAAAGUGAAUGCUGAGAAUGGCUGCACUGCUAAAGCACAUCUGUCCGUUGGCGUACUGGGAGGAGGACACAUGGGUAAACAGCUGGCGAUGGCUUUACUGCAUUCAUCCAGCCUUAAACCAGGCCACAUCAACAUCUCAACCAAAAGGCCUGAGACAUUAGGGGAAUAUUCAAACAUGGGUGUUGAGUGUUACUUUGACAACAUUAGAUUGGCUAAAUGGGCAGACAUGCUCUUUAUCUGUGUCUUGCCCUCUCAACUACCUCAAGUCUGCGCAGAGAUCCGCUGCCAUCUGCCUUCACGCUGUCUCGUGUACGGCUUCACCUCAGCAGUGACACUCAACAGGCUUGCUGUGCUCCUUGACCACAGCUUUCUUAUCAAACCCCAGUAUGAGUUUGUGGCUUGCAAUAAUGUGACUGCAAUUUGGCUUCUCCACAAUCAAGUGACCGCAGCUUUAAAAGAUAAAGAAGUUAUUUCAGCCUCAGUUCCUCCUUCAAUGAAUGGUGGCCUCUUCCUGGAUCAGAGAUGGGUAUCUGCUGUGCUCUACAGUCUCCUCAACCUGUGCACGGCAGAGAAGCUGAGCUCCAGAAAGACUCUGCAGCUGCUAAACGGGCUGUUUGAGACAAAGACAUUGACUUACCACAGUUUUGUAAAUUUACCCAGUGCGUCUGACCUCAAUAACCCAGACGAUCUUUUCCCAUGGAUCAGUUUGGUUGAUGUACAAACUAAAUCCACUCCAUUGACUGAUUUGUUGUCAAGAGAUAAAGGUUUGCAAGACUGCAUUUCAGUCAUGUACUAUAAUGUAUUUUUUAAAACUUAGCAGAAGGAUAGGACAUCAUUUUGUUGAGUUCAAAGUGACACAAUUAAAUUGUGCAACAUUUAAGUUUCAGUGUGUACAUUUUUGUUCAUGUUGAAUCUGUUUCUUCAUCCAGCUGUUUUGUGCAGGUGUUUGUAAAGUAAAGUCUAAAAUAGGUGUUAAUUAAACUCAGGGGAGGAGUUAGCAUGUCAGCUGGAUCCCUUUGAGCUGCCCGAGUGCUAUAUUUGUGUUUUAUUCUCUGCAGAUUUUUGUCACACAGGCCCAAAUGACUUUGAAAUGUUUCCCUGUAUAUUUGAAUGUGCCAAGCCAUUUAUCUACACUGAAUAUAUGCUGCUAAUUAACAAAAACGCUAGAACUGUUCACUUAUCUCACAAAUAUUGUAAUAUGUAAAACACCUACAUGUAAGAAAAAUAAACGUAAGACUUUUUUUUU